AUGUUGGCGGCGAAACUCCCUCAGCCACCGCCCUCCGCCGCACUCACUCUCCGAAGCUCCCUCCUCACACUCGCCAUCAUAACACUCGUCUCCUUCACUUUUCUCUCCCUUAAAUCCCUCCACUCCCCUUCUCUCCAGUAUUCCCCCUCCACCAGCCCUACCCCCCUCACCGUACAUCCUUCGCUGCCCAAGGCUGUUGACGACGGCGACGUGGAUAAUGUCGAGAAAGUGGCCGCGUCGGAAAAUUAUGGAUACGACGACGUUUACCAUUUUCCGGAGGUGUUCAGGUUGAAUUACGAAAGGAUGCGGAGUAGAUUUAAGGUGUACGUUUACUCGGAUGGGGAUCCGAAUACCUAUUACCAGACUCCGAGGAAGCUGACCGGAAAAUACGCGAGCGAGGGUUACUUCUUUCAGAAUCUCAGGGAGAAUUAA